GAACCUCGUAAUAUUGUGAAUGGAAGUUGGAGGUAGCAGAAGGAGAAGCAGAUUUUCAUCAUAUGAGAGAGUAGCUGUCAUAGGGUUGGUGGCUCUGGCUGUGGCUUCUCCUCUCUAUAUAGACCGCAAAUCAGAGUGUGACUUGGAAGAUGAUGAGAACUUCAUAAACGUUGCUGUUUCGUUGCCUUUACUACUCUUUCUAUUGAUUUCUUGCAUAGUUUUAUCAACUUUCUUGGACCAGAGCUUCACCAGGUUUGACCGUUACUGGAUUCAUAGAGUUAUUGGUUCUUCAGGCGGUAUUGUUGUGAUUCUUACUGUUCUUUUCCUUGUUUUGAAGUGUAAAUCGUCUCUGUAA